ACCCAUUUCCCUUCAUCAUAUUACAUAUCCAUGGCUUCCCUUCACUGUUUUCUCUUCACUUGUCUGCUGUUUUUCUUUUCUUCACCAUCUUUAGCUCAACAGUCUUUUCGCCCCAAGGCACUGGUAAUCCCCGUCGCUAAAGAUGCUUCUACGCUUCAAUACCUCACCACUAUUAGCCAAAGGACACCAUUAAUGCCUAUAGACCUCGUGGUUGAUCUCGGUGGCCGACAUAUGUGGGUUGAUUGCGAUCGGGAUUACGUUUCUUCGACAUACCGUCCAGCUAGAUGUCGUUCGGCACAAUGCUCAUUGGCCGGGGCCGAUGGCUGCGGCGAUUGCUUCUCGGCACCAAGGCCAGGGUGUAACAACAACACGUGUGGCGUCACACCUGAUAAUUCCGUCACCCACAUCGCCACUUCCGGUGAGGUUGCUCAAGAUGUUGUGUCUAUCCAAUCGACUGACGGGAAAAAUCCCGGCAGAGUGGUUAGUGUACCUAGGUUCCUUUUCGCAUGUGCGCCGAGUUUCUUGCUUCAAGGUCUGGCUACCGGCGUUGUGGGCAUGGCUGGACUCGGUCGGACUCGAAUUGGGCUUCCUUCACAAUUCGCUGCUGCUUUUAGUUUCCAUAGGAAAUUCGCCGUUUGCCUCUCGUCUUCAACCUCGGCAAAUGGUGUUAUUUUCUUCGGCGAUGGUCCUUACGUGUUCCUCCCUGGUGUUGAUGCAUCACAGUCGCUUACUUACACGCCACUCUUCAUAAACCCCGUCAGCACAGCCUCCGCUUACCCUAUGGGCGAAGCUUCCGCCGAAUAUUUCAUCGGUGUAAAGUCCAUCAAGGUAAACGAAAACCCCAUCUCACUGAACACAACGUUAUUAUCCAUCAACAACGAAGGCGUUGGUGGCACAAAAAUCAGCACCGUGGAUCCCUACACCGUUCUCGAAUCUUCAAUCUUCAAAGCCGUCACCGAAGCCUUCAUUAACGAAGCUGCUGCCAUGAACAUCAGUAGAGUUGCCGGUGUGGCUCCAUUUGAGGUGUGUUUCAGCUCGAGUAACAUAGCAAGCACGAGAUUAGGACCCACCGUGCCAUCGAUAGACCUUGUGUUGCAGAACCAGAACGUGUUUUGGAGGAUGUUUGGUUCGAACUCGAUGGUCGAGGUUAACAGGGACGUGUUGUGUCUUGGAUUUGUAAAUGGUGGAUCGAACCCGACUACUUCCAUUGUUAUCGGAGGGCACCAAUUGGAGAACACGCUGCUUCAGUUUGAUCUGGCAACUUCAAGGCUGGGAUUCAGCGCCACGCUAUUGGGCAGGCAAACUACUUGCGCCAACUUCAACUUCACAUCCAACGCUUAGAUUUAAUGGCAUAGCCCUGGUUCAUAUAAACUGGGUUUUAAACUUCUUUUCAGAAUUCAUUUCCAUAAAUCAUAAUUAUUGAGCAACUGGCCAUGAAAGAAUAAUAAUCUACGUUCUGCAGUAUGGUGUGUAUAUAUAUUUGUAUGGAUAUAAUAUAUGAGAGUGAUUAUUGUGUAAGAAACGUAUUGAAAAUUUUUAUACGAUUAAUAAAUCGGUAAAAGUAUCGGCA